AUGAACACAGCUAUCGGUGCACCAACAAGAUCCGCUAGUGUCAGCAAAGCGUUUAGGUUCGCUGACCUUGCGAUACGUAGCGCAGACGUUGGGAGCGAGAGUGAGGUCUUCUUGCGAACGAUACGCAUCGUUCGCGACGAUCUCUUCGAAGUUGAGCGAUUAGUGGCUGUUGGUUCGGUGCGGACAAAGCUCGCCUAUACGCCCGAGAGACUCCCUUGGAUCAGAAGUGCUAUCGAGAAUACUACUUCUGCUUUGGAGGACAUUGGAAAAUGGGUGGAUUGUGGCGACGUCGGACAACAUCCUCAUGUCUUGGACCAAUCUCAAAGACUCCGAUACAUCCUCAACGACCGCGAACGAUUAGGUGAUCGCAAAAGCGAACUUGUGGCAUGUCAUCAGCAAUUAUCGAACGUUUUGAGCUUCCUCAAUCGGCUAGAGGACUUACCGACCAGCCAGGAUCUACCGACAUACCAGAACACGACCUACUUUGAUGACAUCGUAUCGAGACAUCAAAGAGUGACCAGUGGGCAUAAAGUGGACAUGGCAAUCAAGAUGACCAUGAAAGACAAGCCCCAGACCGUCUGGCGCGAUGCUGCUGAUAAGACUGGGUCAACGAACAAUACCUCCCUCCUUACCGAAGCAUUGUUCGCGCAAGACAUAUGGACCACAGAUCCCGUAAAGUCGGCUUCGCAUUUACUGAGCGAUAAGAGGGAAACCAAGUCAGGCAACGCCACUUUGGGCUACAACACACUCAACAAAGGAUACUCAUCACCUCCAAGCCUACCAAACAGCCCGCCUCCUCUUUAUACAUCGGUAGGACAAUACAGUCCUCCUUUGCAACCAUCUCAAGGAGAUACUAAGCAGUAUCUCAACACCGAUAGUCUGCUGCGCGUAAGCUCACGGCUGUCAAUGGAGCAGGCGCAUGAUUACAUGUCUACUACACCAUCAGGGCAAAAAGACACAUGGGCCUACGUACAUCCGGACAGGCACCAAGUCCUUGCUGAACUGGCUGGCGAUUACACCAUGAGUGGAACAAACUCGGACGGACCUGUAAACCCUCAUGCGUUUCACCUCGGGAUAUCAGCUCUAGCGCCAGGAUCUACCGUCGUCGAUGAGAAGAAGGUUGAGACGCUAUCAGAGUUAUUAGGGGAUAUAAGCCUUGCUGUCGAGCUUCCUGGAAGUGAGCCAGCUCAUGCACCAAGUCAUAUGGCGCGGUUGAGUCGAGAUUUAUCACAACUUCCUAGCCAGAGAUCGCACAUGAGUCAGCAUGCCAACAAGUAUCAGCCAUUACUCUCGGAGCUACCAGCUACCCCAACACGCAGACCUAUGGUGUCGCAUACGGUCAGCGAGCCCACCACCGUCUCCGUUGUCAAUGAACUGUCGGUUCCGUCCUCAACAUAUGAGCUCGACUCUGGACAGUUCCAGACGCACAUGUCUAUGAGUGGCCAACGUCGCCAGACAGCGAACAUAAGACCUUGGUCUGUAUCUGACACAAACUACCGGGAAGCCGAUCUCAACAAGGGCGAAUCCGUCUGCCUCGACCGCUGCGUAUCCAAGUUCUUCGAAGUCAACGUCAAGGUUAGCGAGAAGAUGCAGGGAGAGGCACAAGGAAAGCAGGGUGGAGGUGGCGGCAUGUUCGGUGGUGGAAUGUAA